UUACUAUUACAACUAAAAACUAAUAGCCAGACAAACUGAACACACACACAGCCGCUUUUGCAGCUCAUUCACACAAUCUCGCAGUAAAUAGUAGUGGAGAAAGCACUCUCGUCGUCUUCUUUACUUCUUGAACCUUUUCUCAAGAAGGAUCUCACGCAGCAGAUAAUAAUUUCUUUGAUGGGUUUCUCUCCUCCAGACUUGUUGUUGUUUGUGGCUAUUGUUGAUAAGUAUAUUUCGGAUCAACGGUAGUUUUUGUAAUUAAAAGAGAGAGAGAGAGAAAGGGUUGGACGAUGGUGGAAAUUACCAAGGAGGGAGUGUUGGACUGGUACAAAGGACUCAAUGCCUCCCUGCGAGUGGAACUUGUGUGUGCCCUGCUGGACCACAGUUUACCUUUUGAGCUGAGAUUUCUAGGGUCAGUGAUUGAACAUUUUGGAAGAAAAGAUUUCCAUAUCCUCAGAGAUGCUGAAAAUAAGGCAAAUUCCUUGCACACCUCGCUCAACUCGACGCCAGCAGCAGUGGCAGCCAUUCUCCAAAUCCUGUCUGAGGGUCCGGCCCCUGCCAACAACUCAGUUAACCCACAAAUGAUGUCCAACCUGGGGGAAAAUCAUCAUCACCAUCAUCUUCACCACACUGGAGGUCAUUCCACAGGUAUGGGAGCUUCUCCAAGUGAGCCUUUGGGUCGGGCCAGUCCUUCGCAUGACCUGCGAAGACCAACGACAGGGGACACCAAGCAACCACAAACGAGAAACCAUCAUGUCGAGACAGGGGUUUCUGGAGUGAUUGAAAAUGGGCUGCCCAAACCUACGUCGCCAAAGCCUUCGAAUCAUCCUGGUGGAAGUAGGGAUAGUGAAAGGACAAAAAGUCAAGAGCUUGUGAAUCACGAAGUGAGUAAUAGUGAAGACGAGAAUGGUCCUAGGAAAGAAUUGUGGCUACAUGAGGUAGUCAAGAGGAGAAAAUUAAUUUUAUACUUGUCCUUGUUGACAUCUACUAAUCAUGAUAGUGCCAAGUUAUACUUUCUUCUCUUGUCGGAUGUGCAAGAUCUGUCGGAAAAUUUGGACUGGUUGGAAGAAUUGGACGAACUCGCUCAAGAUGAAGUACUCUUACUCUACACGAUUGGAUGUCACCAUCCAGCAUUUAAUUUUGAGCAGCGCACCUUACUAGCCAGCGUUAUACUUCGUUUCAAGGAUUGUAUGGAUAGGUACACAAAGGACUGUGACCCCCUGUACCACCAGCACCACCACCCAAGUCAAUACAACCACAUCAAUCAUCAGCAUUAUUUUCCACAGCAGUUUAUUGGACUAAUGCAACCUCCCUCUGUACAUGUUCCAAGUGGCUCAGUGACACAUUCCGUCGUUAUUAAUUCUUCAACUCCUGGUUAUGGUCCUGCUGGUCCUUAUGCUCAGCCCAUGACCCAUGGGGGGCUUCAAACUAGUGCGGGUUCCUUCCCCGGUUUUCAACAAACUACGUAUGGGUCAGUAGUUUCGGGGGUUUACCGACCCAAUAAUAAUAUUAAUCAGCAACAGCAGCAGCAGCAACAACAACCGGCAAUGAUUAAUCGACCCGCUGUGUUCAUGACAAACCACGGAUCAGUGAUGAAUAAUCAACCAAACAAUCUUAUGAACUAUUCCUUACCUUUCUCUAUACUGUCAAUACCUCCGCAGCAACUUGCAGCAACUCCAAACUACAAUAACAAACCGUUUCUCAAUAGUCCAAGUAAUCUCUUGUCAAAAGACCAACCCAAAACCUUAUCAGUGUCUCAGCAGAAUACAAAUUUUGCAGUUGGUUCUAGUUCUGGGGGAGACAACAGUCUGAUGUCCCAACAACAACCAGGACUAUCGCCCCAAACUACGACGACGACAAUUUCCAAUCCUCCUCGUGGCAGAAGUUAUGAAACAAAUCUUCCGUUACAAGGUAACGAUUUCCCAGUCCAAACCUCUGUAGAUAAUGCAGUAUUGCCAGGAUUGGACGACCCAAUAGAUGUUAGUUGUCGACCAAGAAGAAUAUCGUGUUACAACUGUGGUUCUAAUCAGCACGUAGGACCUGAAUGCAAAGAAAUGUCCAUGGAGGAAAUGACAAAAAUGCAAUAUCGUUUAAAUUAUGGAGGUGAUUGAGCAACAAAUCAAAGGGAAUCAGUAGCAUGCCUGCCUGCCUGUUUAAACAAGCAAUACGCACACCGUGUAAUAUAAACUAUGAAGUGAGUUAGUUUGUAUUUCAUUCAACUGUGACCUUUAUGUUUUGACAAAUUUGGUACUUUAUUGUUGUUGUUGUCCAUCUUCUGAUUGAGAUAUCUUUAAUUGCCCUCUACGUAUAUUACCAUAAUAAUUAUAGUGUUUUUGUUGAAUUUUAAAUAAUUUUUGUCAGCGUGCACCAACGACUUUAGUGUUUUAGUUCGCAAGAUAAAUACGCAUGAUGAUGGUGCAUUAUUUAGAAUUAAGAGUUUUGUAUUCAAUUUUGUUGCCAAUUGAACUAGUCUCCCAACACACACACACUGAAGUUAUUGAAUCAUGUCUAGAGUGAUUUUGAAAUUGGAAUUGUAUGCCUUAUAUAGAACGUUCCAAAAGUAUAUAGAGUAUAGAAUUGUCAGUUGUGUCUUACCUUUUCUGUAUUGAGGGUAGUAAGUAUACAUAUAUGGUAGCAUGCUCCCGGCAGUAAACAGUGUUUGGUUUUAUUUGCUCAUAUACUUAUUAUAACUAUUAUUAAAUUAAAUAUAAUGCCAAUUGUAAAUGUUUGGUAUUUUAAAUUCCACAAUUUUAAUGUUCGUUCACAAACUUGUUUAACAGUUGGAAUAAUUUUCAUGUUCUGCUGAUUAUCUUAUAUUAUGGCUUAAUUACACACAGCUACAGACUAACGCCAAAGAUUUAAGUCAAGUUUUAAAGGCCCUUCUUAUUAUACUUUCAGUGGUUUUAUAUAAAACGUUGUGUAUCCUCAUAAUUGCAAAAUAUGCAAGUCGGAAGGUAUGUGUUACUGACGAGAUGCAAAGCUCUAUAUGUAUAUAUAUAUCACAAUAUUUCCUCAAAGAAGCUUUGGGAUAAUUCCAACUCUAUCAAUGCAGUUAACAUAUUUACUACAUAUGUACGUAAGACUUUGUGUAGUGUCAAUGUGAUAUCAGUAUGAGUCAUUUACGUUAAUUGUAUUUGAUUUAUUGAACUUGCUCAGUCAGACACUCAGAUCUAUGCACUAUGUUACGUUACACAAUGUUAUUAAGCAAUACCUUUUCCAUGCAUUUUACGUUUUUACAGUUAGUCUUUUAAUGCAGUUGACAUGAAGAAUACAGGUGUGAUGAGUGGUCAUCCAGAAGAAGAUCUGUGUAUACAGAGUUGAAAUACUACCUUAUUGCGUUCAAUACAUAAAACUGUCUGUCUCUUGGAAUUGGAAACAAAAUGCAAAACAAGACAAAAGUAUUUAUAGUCAUCGUCAUCAUCUGUGAAAAGUGACGGCUAAAAAAUUAUACGAAUGAGAACUGAUAUAAUACUACUAUUAAAUAUUUUAGGGUAGUAAUAAGAACGCUGCUGCUGUUGUUAAUUAAUUUAAACCUAUCGAAUAAUCAUCUAUCUUGCGAAUCAUAACAUUAUAUGUACAUGUACGCCCACUGAUCUUACUAUGCAAAACUGAACUAAAUAAUUUUUUGUAAUAAACUCUAUAUCAAUAAUAAUAUUCAAUAUUGUACCAUGAUUGCUAAAUCGAUAACGCAAUUUAAAAUGUUACAAAUCGAAAUAAAAUAUGCAGAGUUAUUAUAACACCAAAA